GCUCCUCCGUGGCUGGGCGGGGAAAUGAGGAUCGUGAGCUACAAUGUGAAUGGACUGAGAGCGCGAUUGUCUCCAGCGAGAUCGCUGCGCGCUUUCUUGGACUCGCUCGACGCAGACAUCAUAUGCCUCCAGGAGACUAAGAUUCGCAGGCAGGAGCUCACGGCGGAUAUUGCCACACCGCAAGGAUACGAAUCCUUCAUCUCUUGCACGCGCACCGUGAAGAAAGGCCGCCUCGGCUAUUCAGGUGUGGCUACGUUUUGCAAGGUGGAGUGUGGCAACAAUGUAGCGUUGCCUGUGGCUGCCGAGGAAGGUUUUACGGGUCUCUUGACUAGUGCCAGAGCUGGUGAAGGUGACAAAGAGUUCUGGCUUGGAAGCUACGAUCCAGUUCUAACCGUGGAAGGAUUUACGAGGCAGGAACUUCUCGAUUUGGACAACGAGGGCCGAUGCAUCGUCACGGAUCACGGGCAUUUUGUACUCUUCAAUAUCUAUGGUCCUAAUGUUGGCUGUGGAGACGCUGAACGGCAGGACUUUAAGCUGAACUUUUACAAAGUGUUACAGUGUAGGCUGGAAAGCAUCUUAAAACAAGGCAGGAGGAUUAUUAUCGUGGGGGACUUGAACAUUUCUCCAUAUCCUAUCGAUUCAUGUGACCCUGGCCCAGAAUUUGAUACCAGUCCAAGCCGUCAAUGGUUUAGAUCAUUGCUGGUGAGCGAGGGCGGUGCGUUUUCAGACGCGUUUCGCGUGUUUCAUCCUGAAAGAGCAGAGGCUUACACUUGCUGGUCUCAGGCAUCGGGUGCGGAGGAGUUUAACUACGGCAGUCGUAUUGAUCACGUUCUUAUUGCCGGUCCCUGCGCUGGCCAUUGUCAGUCUCCGGAUGGAUCGCAUGAUAACAGUAGCUGUGACGGAUUCGCAAAGUGUGGAACAGAUAUGUGUGACAUUCUUCUCGAGUUUAAGCGUGCAAAGCUGGACACCCUUCCGAGAUGGAGUGGUGGGAGAAGCUUAAAACUGGAUGGUUCAGAUCACGCUCCUGUUAUUCUGCAGCUUAAGCAUUUACCUUCCAUUCCACCACAUGAAGCUCCACAACUGGCUGCUCGAUUUAUGCCUGAGCUUCGCGGUCGUCAGCAAAGUAUCCUUUCCAUUUUCCAAAAGCUCAACGAGAAAGCAACAGCUAACACCGAGCCUGAUACAAGCCGAAAUGUUUCCAAGCCCGCUUUUACACAGGAAACGGGCAGCAGGAAACUACAGAGGCUGUCACAAAGCAGAUUGACAGGGUUUUGCUAUCAAAGGCAUGAAUCUUCUGACAAAAUGAGCUGCACAGAGGUCGCAGUGCAUGGGCAGAGCUCCAGCCUUACGGAUGAAAUCCAGCAAUCACCUGAAUCAUGCGACAAUAACAACCUGUCAAAGGUUGCAGCUUGCGGGGAGAGUGCCAGUCUGAUGGAUAUGUCAGAUGAAACACCGACGGAAAGCUCUCAGCAAAGCUUGGAAAAAUCGGCAGCAGGCUGGGAACGACUGAAAAGCUUGAUGUCGCGAAAUCUUCCAUUGUGCAAGGGACACGGUGAGCCUUGUGUCGUGAGAACAGUUAAGAAGGCUGGUCCCAAUCUUGGCCGUGGUUUCUACGUCUGUGCUCGGGCAAAGGGCCCAGCUUCCAAUCCUGAAGCAAGGUGCGAUCAUUUUCAGUGGUCUUCGUCCAGGACGAGAAAGAAGUGAAAAGUCGCUUCUAUAUCUAAGCUAUUAACGUGCAUUCGAGUACAUCGAUUGUUCUAUCUCAGCUUCGCUGCUUAGACAAUGCUGCAACAGUCCAUAUCUAAGAUCACUCCUAAGAAGGAAAGUUCCUUCAAGUCUUCUUGAUGAGUUUCCUGAGCUCGCUCACAAGCUCGGGUUCCGAGAACUGGAACGCCUUGGCAAUCACGUCGUCGCUCACGUCCGGCCUAGCAGCACUUCACAACCUGAGAUUCUGGCUGUUAAACGCGGCUGUACCCUUGAGCUUAGAGCUUCCUCCUUCCCAACGUUGAGCUGAAAGUGGACGACCUGAGGAAACACGAACAUGUUCCCUGCCUGGAUCACCCCUCUGAACAAAGAGGAGCUCCGUCGCAUCUCUCACGCCUCGUCUGAUCCUCGUGCACAGGCCACGAGGCUGGUGAAAGUCAAUGAAGGUGAUUUUUAAUAUUUUAAAAUCACUUAAUAUUUUUCAA